CACUGACGUAGCUCUGUAUUGGGUGUGCGAUUCUUCACUUACAAAACAGGAAUUCCUUGAGUUCAAGAGAACGCUUAAGCUCCAACAUUGGACUAAAACAAUGACCAUAUAAUUACAUUUUAAGGAUGACUGGCACCACAAGAGUCAACUUCCAAGUUGGUUUGACUUUAAAAGGAUGCUUCCUUGCCUGGGCCACAUCAAGCGCACACAUUACUGGUCAACCCUGCCUAUGUUCAGCCCUCCUGCCUGCAGGUCUGCAGGUCAACUGCAGCUCUUUAAACCUCAUGCAGCUGCCUCAUCUGCCCUCCGACACCACAGAGCUCUAUGUGCAGGACAACCUGCUCACCUCAGUGUCUCCAGGCUUUUUUGACAGACUUGUUGGUCUGAAAAAGGUCUCACUAUCUGGGAACCCCUUCCACUGUGACUGCAGGAUCCAAUACCUGAGGAGCUGGUUGCUGAGGAACAGGGCUGUUGUCUCCAAAGAGCCCGUCUGUGCCAGUCCAAGCUCUGUGGCACAGAGAGCCAUCACUGAACUCAGCGAGGACUACUUUUCUUCCUGUUCCCUGGCUGUCUGUACUGAAGGGACUUAUGACACGGUGAUGGGAGUGAUGCUAAGCUGCCUCAUCGUCCUGCUUCUGUGGAGCUUGAGACUGGCCAAAACGGCCACCUUCACUCUGUACAUACACGAGAGACAUUCGGGAUUCGAGAGCGACUCUUUGCGCUCACUGAAGCCCAAACACAGGAGGAGGCUGCACACCGCACAGUCAGAGGUCAGCGCGGAUUCUCUCACCAUCGCAGACGUUCAAAAAGAGCCACUUAUAAACAUGGAGUUACUGCCACAGGUACUGGAUGUGCUGCACAAGAAGCACAAUAUAAAGAUAAAGGCUACCUGAGGGACUUAAUACAGUGGAAUUACUCAACAAUAGAGUGGAGGGCAGCACAACAGAUUCUUUUGUUUGUUGCAAUAAAGUUGUUUUUAAUGCUGAACUGUUA